AUGCAAACGAGUGGGCGUGGCCUCCCCGUGCUGGGGGCGUAUCCCAGGCGCCCGGAGCCGCUCGCGGGGCUGGGGCGCGCGGGGCGGGGGCUGCUGCGGCUGCGGCUCGCCGCGCUCGGCCCCGGGGCCCGGGGCCCCGAGGGGCCGGGGGGGCCCGCGCCGGGGCCGCCGCUGCUGCAGGAACGCUGCCUCUUGCCCAAGGUGGUGGGCAAGUGCCGGGCCUCCUUCCCGCGCUGGUGGUACAACGCCACAAGCCAGACGUGCCAGCGUUUCACCUACGGCGGCUGUGGGGCCAACCUCAACAACUUCCUGGUGGAGGACGAGUGCCGGGUGACGUGCGCUGCGGCCGCAGAUGGGGAGAACUCGAGCGAGAUUCCGCAGCCCAGCCAGAGUGUAGUGCAGAGCGCAGAUGAGUCCUGUACUGCGCCCCGCCUGACCGGCCCCUGCCGCGCUGCCUUCCCCCGCUGGUACUACGACCCGGCGGCCGGGGCCUGCAAGCAGUUCAUCUACGGGGGCUGCAAGGGGAACAAGAACAACUACCUGCGGGAGGAGCUGUGCCUGCGCCAGUGCAGCGGGGCCGCAGGGGGUGCUGAGGGGCCCGAGCCGGGCGUUCACUCCAGCAGAGUGGUGGCCCUGGCCGUGCUGCUGGCCAUCCUCGUCGCUGUCCUGCUGGCCUCCGUGGUCGUCUUCUUCGUGUGGCUGUGCAGGAGGAGCCAGGAGCUGGCCCUGAGCGUGCCCUGGAGCCCGCUGGACGACAAGGAGUAUCUGAUGAGCAACGCCUACACGCUGUGAGGCCGGGCGGCCGGCCCGUGGGCGGCGCCUGCUCCGCUGGGCCUCGCCCGUGUGCACAGCAGAGAGACUGGAGCCGGCUGUGUAGGAAUAUCCCUGGGUCAUAAACUCCCUGCGCCAGCAACCGCUGUGUUUGUGCCCCGGCCACACGGGCGGGGCCUUCGCUGCACCCAGGCCUGUCUCGGGGCCUUGCUUCCAUUUUUUUAAACUUUUUUUUACCAGAA